GCGUCCUCUGCCUUUAACCCAAACGGCUGCAUAUAACGGUUAAUAUCCGAAUCGGACAAUAUCGUCAUAUCGGACAUCGGCAUCAAACACCCCUAAUAUUUACCCAUGGUUACUAAAGACAACGCCUGAAGACAGACAGCUAACCCAGCUAAUGCUCACGUCCGCAACGGUGGCAAAGCAUUGAAUCAGUGGCUCCUCUAAUGAGCUAAUACAGGACUGCAGCAUGGAAUUGAAGCACAGCAUGUGCACAGAAACAACAGAAAGGCCAAGCUGUUAGCAGAGGAGAGGAGUCAUUAGCAUGCUGCAGCUUAUGGAGCCAUUCAUUUACGAUCACCAGGUUUCCUGCCCAUGUCCAUUAGCGUUUAUCAUAACAGUGAUGAGAAACUACCCUGUACAACAUUGUGUAUUGUUAAAUGUAUCAGAGUCAGUUGAAUAGCGGUUUGACUUCACAGACCUAAAAGUUCAAUCAUUAUUUGUAAACACAGUCCAUACGAUAGUAAUGCAAUUCUAACAUUUUUAAUUAUUCAGCAAAAUGACAAAAUAUUGUACCUGGAUAACUGGAAUACUAACGGACAAUCUACAAAAAUGAUCUUCUUUAAAGAUUAUUGGCUUAUAUUAGGGAUGACUCGAUUGGUUAGAAUUUCAGGAUCGAUUAUCGGAAAAAAACUAUAGCCCGUCUGAUCAGAUACCUAAGCCUAAAAGCUCAACUUAACUUUGCAAAGUAUCGGAUUGAUAUUGGGAACGUCAGAUACUCCAAGUUACAGUAUUGGUAUCAGGCAUGAAAAAGUAGUAGUAUAGUAUAGUGUAGUAUAUAUCAGUCUUGUGGGUUGCCGUUUCAGCUUUUUUUGCUUGUUACUUCACUAAAUACCUCACAUAUUAUAUCAAUAGUAUUAAGGUAGCUAACGGUUCCCACAAACACAAUUCUGAUUAAUUCUGGAAUAAUUUUUGCAUUACUUGAAUUAGAACAUAUUGAUAAAUAUGCCCAAAAAAUCUGUGAAGAUGGUUUUAAUAUAAUGCUAAACAAGAAAUGUCCUAUUUCAUUGUACUUGGUUUGCAAUUUUUUCCUUUGUAUUGUAAUGUUUUUGUUGUAAAGCGAAUCUUGGAUUUCAUAACAGCCCAUCAUUUUUUGUUGAAAACUUAACAGACCUUAUAUGCGCAGCCCAGUAUGUUAAAUAAGCUGUUACUAGAAAAGCAGUACAAAAAGACUUAUCUUGUAAGUCUAAAAAUUUUAGCUACAACGUUGUUCCAUAUAAAACCUUCAUUUGAGGUAAAGGUUUUUUUUUAUUAUUUUAUUUACCCUUAGCCUAACCCUAGAAGUUUUUCUAAUGACCUAACUGACAUUAACUGUACUUUUCACUAACCAGUGGUUUCAGUCUGGAUGCGAUUCCAAAUUAUUUGCAAGAUUAAAUUUGGCUACCCCAGAAGACUGACUUCUUCAUUUCAAACAUUGCAGAAUGCUUUGAUUCUGUUUUAUAAUAUAUGUACUGUAUAUAUGUAUAAAAAUAUUACAUUAUUGAAAUACAAGACUAUCCAGUGACCAUCUCAUAUCUGACUGAAGCUUUGGUGAUAGUACAUUUUCCAGUUCAGGACGGUUCCAUUGCUAGGCUCAAAUGUCACCAUCAGAUUACAUGAGCAACCAACUGCCAUUCAACUACGUUACGACGUCUGUGGUGAUGUCAUUAUAUGAUAUGACUUUGAACUAAAGGAUUCUAUAAAGGCUUUAGAGUUGAAAACCACAAUGGGUUGCAUAAGGAGGUAGCGCACAUAGAUAGCUAAGGUAGUUACGCAACAAUGAGUGUCAACUGCUGAAAAAACAAGACGAGGACCUUUGAUUGAUACUCACUGUAAUUCAUCGGGGGGCUGUUUCGUAUUAAUCAACUGCUUCACCGUAUCUGCCGUCUAAUGCAACGCCAGCACAAUAUGACAGACAGGGAGGCACAAGAUCUCGGCAAAGGUCAACUUAUCGACGCCAUUGAAUGGGAAUAUUGGGAGGGUGAAGAAGAGGCGGCGACAGCGCGGGAUGACGAAAGUGCAAAAUUUAAAACAGCAAAGAAGCAUCCUCAUCACUGCAGUGAUUGCAGUGACUGCAGUGAUGAGGAUGUGGUCAACGAAAUGUGUCUGGUUAACGGAGUGUCGUAUAAAAACAUCGCGAAAGAAGGAAGCAACGUCAAAUCUUUAGAGAUCUUUUUUUCUGGUUUCCCCCGCAUGGUUGGUCUAUCCCACUUCCCGAGACUUUGCCAGCUCGUCAUCAUAGGGCAGAACAUUAAAAAUAUCGAAGGUCUGGAAUGCUGCCCUCUCCUCCGAGAGCUCUGGGUCGCCCAAUGCCAUCUGACGACCAUAUCUGGAUUACAGAACUGUAUAAAACUAAAAAAACUUUACCUUUAUGACAACCAAAUCGUUGAGAUAAACAAUUUAGAGUUACAGACCAAUCUAGAAAUUCUGUGGCUGAAUAAUAACUACAUAUGCCACAUAAAGGGCUUAAAUACACUUCAAAAUCUCAAGGAACUUAACCUUGCUGAUAAUUUGAUAGAGAAGGUUGGUCAGAACCUUGAUCCCAAUCUUUGUAUCCAGAAUCUUAAUCUCUCUGGAAACAAAAUCAGGUCUUUUAAGGAACUGACCUGUUUGGUCAGCUUGCAACAUCUUAAAAUCCUAGUCCUUAAUGACCCAACUUCAACCCCAAACCCAGUAUGUCUUCUUGCCAACUACACCAUGCAUGUUCUUUACCACAUGCCACGACUUCAGCGGCUUGACAACUACGACCUGUCAAGCAAGCAAAUCUUGGAAGCAGCCCAGUCGGCAGUAAUGAAGAAAAUGAUAUACUACAAUAUGCGUGUGCGUAUGGUUCAAAGAAACAUGGUGGAGACGAGGGUCUGUUUGGCAGAGAGGAAGAGAACUCUACUACAGUUGCCAGAGGAGUGUAUCAGGACACUCAGUCUCGAGCUCAAACAUCUUGAACUUGAGCUCCCCAAGUUGCUUGCCGAGAGUAAGGAGUCCAUUUCAAAUUCAGAGGAUGAACCCGCAGAGCUGGAACUCUUUUCUGGUUCAUCCGAAGAAUAUCUUCUAAGUACUGAUCAAAGUACAGAGAACAGUGAAGAUGCUGCUACACUCGCCAUAAUCGAAAAGAUCGAAGCGUUGAAAGAAAGACUAAAACUAUGGAUGACCAGAUUGGCUGAGAUUGAAGCCUGUUAUGAGCAUGACUUGGCCCAAGCCAUAAACAUUACGAACUGUACCGUCGAGUUCCUUUUGAUGGAGCUUGGGAGUCUUGGAAAUAUUCGGCUGGAUGAAGGCAGUCCCUCAGACCCUUGGUUUAGUUCAUGUUGCGAGCUCCUACUUUCCAGCUUUUCUCUUUCGGACUACAAGAUUCAAGGCAUCACUGGCAUUAGGGUUGAUAGUGCAUUCCGUAUUUUCCACAGAGCAAUGAAGCGUCGCUUUGACGACAAAAUCCACAGCCUGCUCGCCCGCAAGCACAGUCACAUCACUUCUCAGACUUACAGACGUCAAGUAGAAUAUUUGUUCUACACAACUGAUACUUCGGGUCACAGCGAAAACAAGGACCUUCUGUAUAUUAUAGAGAAUGGCUUUAAAACGGCAGAAGAAUAUAAGGCCCUAGGGCAACAGGGUGCAAUUCCUUUGUCCAACAGUCUGGGUGUUACUGACCAGCCGAGGAUCGAACAAACUCUGGAAAAUGCAUGCAAACACAAAGCUAGGGAAAACAUGGAUGCAGCACCAUUUAGGCACGGACAGAUCAUUAUUUCCAAAGUGUUUGUGGGAAACAGCAAACCAAUUCAUGAUGGCGAAUUAAUUGACAGAAGCAACCACCCCUCACUCUGCUCUGUGUACCGUGAUGUAAACAUUAAGUAUACUAAUUUAAGUGACGAGAUGUCACACUCGCCCACUACAGACGCUUGCCCCGAGGGCAGCCUUUGUCCAAAACAGUGGUAUGUGUUUGAUCAUGAACUAGUCUUGCCUGAGUACAUUGUAUACUUCCAAUACAUAACUGAGAACCAAGAGGACAUUAUGGACAAAGACAAAAUGUCAGAAAAUAUAAUCAUGGACAAGAAAGUCCUAAGCAAGGAACCCAAAUUGUUCAUCUUGGAGGACAAAUUUCUGCUAAAUAUUUCUGCAGCCAAUUUCCUAAGUCAGAUUACUGAAUUGAAUCUGUAUGGAAACAGUCUCAGCAAGAUAAAGGAGGUUUAUUGCCUAACUGCUCUGCGGUAUCUUAACAUCAGCUUCAACGAGUUCUCGAAUCUAGAAGACAUUUCCUACAUGGCCAAACUUGAGAUUUUGGAUGUAAGCUUUAACCGGCUGGUUACACUGAAGGGGCUGAGAGGGUUGUCUCACCUCAAACAGCUUGAUGUGCGCUGGAACAAGUUGACAAAAGCUAGAGAAAACGCAGAAGUGCUAAGAAAACAUGCCCCGAAACUUCUUAGGCUCGACACUCGACACAACCCCUGGAACAGACAGGAGGGGGUAAGAAUGACAAUACUGGGACAUCUAAAAAGCCUAACAUAUUUGGACGAUGUCAAGGUAGGAGAGGAUGAAGCAGCUUCUGCUGUUGACGUAGCAGCGUGUUCCAAAAUAAGCCAGGCCUCUCUUUUGGCGCACUCUCGCACCAAUGAUGACCGCCCCACAAUUCUCUCUCUACUAUCAACACCCCAACUACUAUGUUUACUCAAUCCACCCCCCUGGGGUCUCAGUCGAAAGCUGAAGCCCGACUGGAUUACAAAGAUCACAUCCCUAAACCUCGACAAUCAGAGAAUUUCAAAGCUCAUAAACCUGAAUAAGCUAGUUAACUUGCGCUGGGCCUCAUUUAACAACAACAACAUAUCUGACGUGGAAGGACUAGAGAGUUGCCAAAGACUGGAGGAGCUCUUCCUGGACAACAACAACAUCCACACACUCAACGGUCUGUCGAACCUGCAGAGCCUAAAUAAACUCAGUUUAGAUGGGAAUCAAAUCUCAAACUUGGAUGCUUUGGUUUUAGAUGAGCUGAGCAGCCUUACCUUUCUCUCUGUGGAGAACAACUUUAUCAGUUCUCUUUAUGGGAUUCAGAGGAUUCAGUCUUUACAUGAACUCUACAUCGGCAACAACCAGAUUUACACCUCAAGAGACAUCUACCACCUUAAGGCCAUGAAAAACCUUAUUAUCCUGGAUCUCUAUGGCAACCCCUUAGUAGACAAGCUAGAAAACUAUCGGAUAUAUGUUGUUUUCCACCUACCUUCACUGGAAGCACUAGAUGGGUUGGCAGUAAAAGAAACCGAGUGCGAAAGUGCACAAGAUAUGUUUGGCGGAAGACUGACCUCGGAUAUGGUUGCAGAGAAGCUCGAUCACUCGAACUUUGCGGAAAUACCGUACCUUACCCUGAAGUCGUGCUCCAUCAAGAGUGUGGAUCUUUCUCCGGCAGAAAUGUUUAGAAAUCUACACACCGUUAGUUUAGAUCACAACAAUCUGACCUCUUUCUCUGGUCUUAUUUACCUUCCGAACAUCAAAGUUCUCUAUCUAAACCAUAACCACAUCGAGUCCGUCCUGCCAAAGCAAAGGACGAACCAGAAUCAGCAGACACCAAGACAGGUACUCUACAGUAAAGUCACCUCCAGUGGGUAUGGCCAACAUGGCAACAAGGAAAAUGGGGGCAUUGUUAGCUUGGAGCCUUUAAUGGGCACUCUAGAAGUGCUGCAUUUGGGUCACAACGGCAUCGCCGAUAUGGCCAAUCUGCAGCUCAGCCGGCUUACUAAUCUCAGGGUGCUGUUUCUUCAAGGUAACAGAAUCAGCCAAGUAGAAGGAAUGCAAGGACUUCGCCAGUUAAGAGAACUUGUGUUAGAUAGGAACCAGAUCAAAUUUCUGGGUAAGAAUUCCUUCAUUGCCCAGAACCUCCUUUUAGAACUGCACUUGGCAGGAAACCGAAUCCGGGAGCUUAACUAUUUCAAUCCACUGAAUCAGCUACGCAAGCUCUGUCUUGACAUGAAUAAACUGCAGAGCAUCACUGAGAUUGAGAAACUGAAAGUUCUCACUUCCCUGACAGAACUCUCUGUUGUCGGCAAUCCCGUGGCACACAAUUCUCUACACCGACAAGCCGCGGUGCUUCACCUCCCGCGGCUACAACUCCUAGAUGGAGCGAUGGUUACUCUGGAGGAAAGAAUGAGAGCUGAACUACUGGGCGAAGAUCCAUCACUUAGUUACCAUUGCCCCGGAAUUUCUCACCUUACAACUGAAAUCUACAUACCUGGACUGCUCCCUUUUAUGCCCCUUAACGCCCCUCUAAGGGUAGUGAACGUAAGCGGAGGUGUUCAAGCCUAUGGCAAUGCUGCCCAAGGUGAACAACCCGAUGUUAUGUUCAGAUACAUUAGAACAGGCGACAACCUACCAACCACCGUCCCUCAACACAUUUUAAAACCAGGUGCACGACCUCCAAUUUCCAAAUGGUGGGAAUCUACCACCCACGUGGCAACCAGAGGCGAUGGACUCUGAUGAUGUACAGCCAGGAUUAAAAGCAGUACACGUCAUAAUGGACGACAAAAUCCCGAUGUCUGUGUCCGUUCCCCCUUAUGCAUACCUGAUGUCUCAUCGGUGUGUGUUGAACAAGUACGUUAGGAGCAGCACUUGGGGAUCACAGAGCAGGACUAUGCAGACAACAUCAUUCUUGAUACACUGUAACAGCCCCCGCCCAUUUUCUUUUAAAUUAAACUUUGUCUAGUUCCACUGUAUGAUACUUGUGUUGAGAGACUGGUGUGUUCAAAAAUUCUGUAAAUAAUAAUAAUAAUAAUAAUAAAAAAAACUACUUACUUCACUGGGAACCCUCACUGUGUGUUUGUAUGUUUAUAUUUAUAGCUGUCAAAAUUAUAAUGAAUGUGAAAAACUUAAUUAAUUUGUAAAGAUGAAUCAAAUUAAAAUAUCUAAUGAUUCCACUUUCCAUCUACUAAUUGUUGCCCUGAUACACAGUUGAUAGACAUUAUGUGAAAUUUACUAUAAAUUUUUCUAAACAUCAAAACAUAGAUACAGGC